AUGUCACAAACAGUAUCACAACUUACCAGACAACCAGAAUUGGAAAUUUUAGAAAUUAAAAAUGAUAGUAUAAUAUUCAUUCUUUCAAAUACAGAUAUCAGUGUUGCAAAUGCACUAAGAAGAGUUAUGAUUGCAGAAGUACCAACAAUGUGUAUAGAUUUAGUUGAAUUUGAAUCGAAUAAUUCUGUGCUUUGUGAUGAAUUUAUAGCACAUAGAUUAGGGUUAAUACCAUUAGUUAGUGAUAAUAUCGAUAAAUUUUGUUAUACAAGAGAUUGCAGUUGUUCAGAUAGAUGUGAUCAAUGUAGUGUUGAACUAAGAUUAAAUGUUAAAUGUACAGAAAAUAGACCACGUGAUGUUACAAGUUCAGAUUUAUUAUCACAAAAUAGUGCAGUAAUUCCUGUAUCUUCACAAGUAACAAGUUCAAAUAGUGAACAAGAAAUUCCAAUUGUAAAAUUAAGAAGAGGACAAGAAAUUAAAUUAAGAGCAAUCGCUAAAAAAGGUGUAGGUAAAGAACAUGCAAAAUGGUCACCAUCAUGUGUUGCAACAUAUCAAUUUCAACCAAUUAUUGUAUUAAAUCAAAAUAGAAUAGAUGAAUUAACAGAUCAACAAAAAGAGGAAUGGGUUGGAAGUUGUCCAACCAAAGUUUACAGUUAUAGUCCACAUCAAUCAACACAACAAGUAACAAUCGAAGAUCCAUUAAGAUGUGUUUAUUGUUUGGAAUGUAAAAAGAAAGCAGAAUCAUUUGGUAAACCUGAUCUUGUACAUUUAGAACAAAAACAAGAUAAAUUCAUUUUUACUGUAGAGAGUUCAGGUGCAUUAAAACCAGAAGAUAUUGUUUUAUAUGCUAUUCAAAUUAUUAAACGUAAAUUAACAGACAUUCAAGGUCAAAUGGCCGAAGGAAUGCUUUAA